CGCACCCUCACUCAGUUCCCCAGCAUUAUGUCGGAUUCCCUGGUUGGCUCUGAUGAGUGGAAGGCCCAGGACAAGGGUCCUGCGGUUCUCGCAGUCUGCUGGAUCGCCAUUCUUCUUAGUUCCGUCUUUGUGGUCUCGAGGAUAUAUGUGAAUGGCUACAUUAGGGGCAAGCUUCGCAGCGACGAUUGGUACAUCAUUGCUGGACAGCUAUGCGGCUACGUGGCAGUCAUUUUCACAACCAUCGCCGUCCAGAACGGUAACGGCCGACACAUGGCUUUGCUGACCCAAAAAGAGCUAUCCAACGCUAUAUUCUAUUCAACCAUUAGCUUCGUCCCCGGCUCGCUCUUCUUCGGGAUACCCAAGCUUGGCGUGGUAACUCUCCUGACGCGCCUUCUCAACCCGAGCCGGCACCACGUCAAGUUCCUAUGGUUCCUGCCCAUAUGGUGUAUCACCUCCGUCGCUAUCGCAUUUACUUUAGUCUUAACCCGGUGCUCGCCCACAAGUGCGCUUUGGGACCCUUCGGUUAAGGGGAACUGCUUUGAUGUGAGGCAUCUGGUCAACUAUGGCAUAUAUUCUGGUAUAUGCUGUUCAAUUGUGGACUUUUACCUGGCCAUAUACCCUGCAGUAGUUCUUUUCAAGCUCCAGUUGUCCUUUAAGAAAAAAGUGGCACUGUCAUGUGCUUUGGGAGUCGGGUCAAUCUCUGGCAUUAUUGCUGUUAUCAAAACGGCCCGAACUCCGGCCAUGAUGAGCCAAGAUUUUACCUAUGAUGUACCGGAUCUUAUUGUCUGGCUCAUCAUCGAAGGAAGCUCAAUCAUAAUUGCAUCCUCCAUUCCUGUUUUACAGCCCCUCCUCGAGGUUAUUGUGAAGCACAACCCCUUCUCCACCAAGGGUUCCAGUUCCGGAUUCUCCUUCAGAAAGAGCAAGAAGUCGUCCAAGUAUUAUGACGGCAGCGGCUCAUCGGGUUCCACACAGCAGCAUUGUCAGCACUGUCAACAUUGCAUUAAAACGAAGGGCUCGCACAUGCCGCCGACCAAGGAGCGCCAAGACACCGAGCUCACAUUCGAUCAUGACAUCGGCACCAAAGAUGAUAUUAUCAUGACCCAGGGGAGCUUGCAGUAUUCUGCCAUGGUUUCGGGGGCGGAUAUGCCGAAUGAUCAUGUUUGUGGUCGUGAUAACGACCGUAUUGCCGGGUCCAAGGGAGCGAUUCUAAGGACGGACUCAGUAAAAGUUUCAUAUGGCAAUGCUGAAUGA